UACUAGCGUGUCAGCGAGCACAUGCCUGGGUGAGCAGAGCUGAAGAUGGAGGUGCAUACACAAGAGUUCCUCACGCUGGACUUGUUGUGAAAUGAAGAUAUUUGCAAAUAUCUCUUCAUUUUGGAGGCUUUGAUGAGGACAAUGUUGACGUUUAUUGCGCGUGUUUGGAUGUUAUGGUGGCUUUUUGAAGGUAUUUUCUCUGACGGUGACAUCACUGGUUGUGAACAGAAGCCGUGCCAAAAUGGUGGCGUAUGUGAGAGUCAUGUCGGUGGUUUCAGAUGCCGCUGCUCCCAGGAAACCCUAAAUGGGUAUCUAUAUGGUGGGGAGACCUGCAAUGUUGCGCUUUCGGGCUGUGAUGACAACCAGUGUGAAAAUGGAGGAAUAUGCUCCCCGUUACUUGUAAAUGGACAACACACUUACACAUGCGUCUGCCUGGCUGGUUUCUCAGGGUCCAAAUGCCAGACCUCCACUGUUUUUUCGUUUGAGACCCAGGGUUACAUGUAUAUAGAGACUCCUCUUGUUGACCCGGUAGCACCUCUAAAUGUUACUCUCAGCUUCCGGACAGAAAGACCUGUUGGCACCCUCUUGCAGAGCAGAGUGGCUGACCUCCUCCUCAGCAUUGAGCUAAUGGAUGGUCGCCUGUGCCUCCGCAGCCUCAGAAAUCAAGGAUCCAGCACACUGGUUCAGGAGCUGCCGGUGUAUAUUUCCAACAACAAAUGGCACACGGUGGAGGCAUCACUGGGCGGUGUGGUCAGCCUCAUCAGGCUCCUCUGUACUGAAGGAAACUGCACCAGGGACACCAGCACAGAGGUCCAUGUUCUUGAGCCUGCCUCUGCGCUCCCCCAGCCUGGGACAGCCCGUCAAAGCCUCUUCAUUGGAGCACACAGAAGAGAACCCUCGCAUGCUUUUCUGGGCUGCUUGAGAGAUGUGUUUGUGGACUCGCAUCUGGUGGUGCCUGUGACAUUGCUGAAAGCUUCUGACGGCCAGGUUAAUGUCACGAUGGGCUGCAACGAUAAUGACAAAUGCGACGACAGCCCCUGUCAGAACCGGGGGCGCUGUGUGAGCCAGGGAUGGAGGAGUUACAUGUGUGAGUGCCACAGACCUUACGAGGGCAACAACUGUGCAGAGGAAUACGUGACCGCAAGGUUUGGGAGCAAAGACCUGAAAAGCUACGCCGUCUUUUCAUUAGAUGAUGACCCAGGUGAUACUUUGACCGUAUCCAUGUUUAUUCGAACCAGGCAAGCCAGUGGCCUCCUCCUGAUCCUCGCCAACAGCACCAGUCAGUACCUGCGCCUGUGGCUCGAGCAGGGCAGAGUCAAAGUUCAAGUCAACAACUUUGAGACCCUGGUUGGCCAACGUGUGGUCAGUGACGGCCAUUUUCAUCUGGUGACUGUGAAGCUGGAUGGACUGGAAGCAGCGCUGAUCCAGUCUGCCCAGAGCCAAGGCUCUUUACCCAUACGGCACAUCUGGGCCCGUCAUGGGGAUUGGGUCUUCGUGGGUGGACUAGCAGACUCGAGGGCCUCUGCGACAUUUGGAGGCUAUUUCAAGGGAUGCGUUCAAGAUCUCAGGAUUAACAAUAAACGUUUGCAGUUCUAUUCCAUAACGACGUCAGUGGAAUCUUACAAGCUGGAGCAGCUCAUUAGUGUUGCACCAGGAUGCAGCGGUGACAACGCCUGUGCAGUUAACCCCUGUCUCAAUGGAGGCGUUUGCUACUCCAUGUGGGAUGACUUCAUCUGUAACUGCCCCCCCAACACUGCAGGGCGGAGCUGCGAGGAGGUGAAAUGGUGUGAGCUGUCUCCUUGCCCUGCCGCUGCUGUAUGCCAGCAGAGCUCGCAGGGCUUUGAGUGUUUGUCCAAUAUAACCAUUCGGGCAGAAAGUGGAAUUUUGCACUACCGCAGCAAUGGGAAGAGUAAGCGCACCAUCAAUCUCGCCAGUGUCUCCCUCAGCUUCCGCACAAGACAGUCUGCUGCCACCAUAUUGCAUGCACAAAGGGGCACAGCCUACCUCACCCUCGCUCUUCGAGACUCCCGUUUGGUCGUGGAGCACCAGGCCGGAGCGGACCGCAGUUCCCCCAAGCUGACUGUGCAAGGUGUGGGUUCAGUCAGUGACGGAGAGUGGCAUUCUGUGAAGCUCAGCAAGCACAGUCAAACAUCCAAGUGGAUCAUGGCUGUGGAUAGAAGUCGAGAGGAAAUAUCCACGUUAAGUGCAGGGGACUUGGAUUUUCUUAGGGAGGGAGCUGACAUCUUCCUGGGGGCAAUGAGCCUGGACUCCACAGUGAGUCUCUCAGGGUGUCUGGGUCCUGUCGAGAUCGGAGGCCUACUUCUCCCGUUCCACUUCGACACAGAGCUGAAACUGCUCAGGCCUCAGGAAGAACAGUUUGCACAGAUGAACAUCAACGCCGUCCCACAAUACGGCUGCUGGGGGGCCAGCGUGUGCGCACCGAACCCUUGUCAAAACGAGGGGGCAUGUGAGGAUCUGUUUGACCUGCAUCACUGCAAAUGUCCUUCCACGUGGACGGGACCACUGUGUCAGGAACCGAGCGACACCUGUGUCUCCAACCCCUGUAUAUUUGGAAAGUGCAGCAACAGUCCUGGAGGGCACAAAUGCGUGUGCGAGCAGGGGUACAUAGGUGAAAAGUGUGAGGUGGAAGUGGACUUAUGUGAGAAUAACAAUUGCAGCAAUGGCUCUACAUGUCUCAAAGGCUUCCAGAACUACUCCUGCCUCUGUCCCCAGAACCUGACAGGCCAAUACUGCAAUGUGAAAAUUCCUGAGAUCCCGUGGUACAUCGAAAUAAACUCUCUUCCUCUGCUGCCUGUAACAAAAUGCAACGGCAGAAGAUGGAACUUCAGCUGCUUCAAUGGAGGGAACUGUUCGGAAGCAGACAACCGAUGUCUCUGCCUGCCUGGUUUUACAGGACAAUGGUGUGAGAAAGACGUCGACGAGUGUGCCUCUACCCCCUGCAUGAACGGAGGCUUCUGCAUCAACUACAUCAACAGUUUUGAGUGCGUGUGUGACAUGAAUUACUCGGGUAUAUACUGCCAAAUAGAUGUCAGCGACUUUUACUUGUACGUCUUCUUGGGCCUGUGGCAGAACCUGUUCCAACUGGUGUCCUACCUCGUCAUACGCCUCGACGACGAGCCAGAAAUCGAGUGGGAUUUUCACGUUAAUGAUUAACUCCAAGCUUGGAAGUGCAUAAAAAGAUCAGUGCUGUUUGGUUUUGAACCAGCUUUCCGCAGUGCUAUUCAUGAGACCAUUUGUUCCAUUUUCCUGAGUAUCUCCAGUGCACACAAACUGUGAGUGUCAGUUGUGAACAGUUCUAUGUGUAAGUCAAUAUACUGUACUUUUUCCAGUAUAAACAUUUGAUUCUGGUUAUCAUACGGAAAACCUCAGUUUUUCUUGUGCCUUGUGCUCCUCUUUGGAAUCAGGAGCGCUGCUUUAUAGACUUUAUAGCUAGAAAAAUUAUAAAUUACAACUAAUUGUGUGCACACUCUACCUGACUCGUAUGACGAAUACACAGAAUAAACGUCUUUGAAAACAUUUAUUUUUACUUAAAUUGUUGCACUUUUAUAAUUUUACAAAAAAAUAAAUCAAUUUGUAUCUUCACAAACAAAACAUCCAUUACUUUGUGUCAUCUGCUAUCAGCAGGCAACGUUUUUUUUUAAAUAAAUAAUACAAAACCAUAGAAAGAAACCUUCAAUAUUGGAUCAUUGCAGUUGUGAGAGUAUAUUAAGGCUCGUGUGGUGCACUGUUGCCUGCAACCUUGCAGUCAAGUCAAACAGGAGGACAUGUUUGUUAAACAACGUGCCAUUUGAUUAUAGAAAAUUGAAAUACGGCAAUACGUAUGAGGAUUUAGCAUUGUAUUUUGUAAAAAGUUGCUCGGGUUGCGCUGCGAGACAGCUGAACGUGGACUGAUGAUUUCUUAAGUAUAGCAUCCGAGUACAUACUGUACGUGUCUGUUAGUGAGCCUGUUCACGGAGCUUACAUUCACAGAGCUCUUUGUAGAUCCGCUUGCGGAUCUUUGGGAUGUCCCUCUGUGAAAAAUGCAGCGGCUGAGCCAAGGCGAGGCAUCUGGAAUACUGAGACGGAGAGCAAAGGAAGAGUCAUGAAUUCAUAUCUGGGCUGAUUGGUUGAGCGCACUACAGCGGGAGAAGCAUGCAGGUACCUCCAAGACAAAAACACCACAGUCAUUUUCAUUGGUCUGCUGUGGCACUUUCUGUAAACAAAUGAAAAUUAAUGAAUAACUCCACGGUGGGUACAAUUUUUCCAGCCAAUUUUGAAACAUACCUCGUCGAAUGACAUGGCCCAGCCACUUACAAACGAUGCGCGUUGCUUCUCUGUUGCUUCUGUUACCAAGUACUUCAAGAUGUUCUGCGGUGGACAAAUGCACGCUGAUAGGUUCACAGAUGAUUCUAGUGGAUGGGUCUGAGGGGAACAAACGUGUGAUUUACCCGUGCAACUUUGCGCAGUGCAUUCCCUUGAGAGUCAAAGAGACAGAUCUUCCUUCUGGCAAUGUCUGCGGUCACCAAGCACCAAUGAACCUCCAGGUGAAUGGGCACCAACAGCAGAGUCUUGGAGAACAAAUCCACCUGCAUAAGAGACAAUGGCUACGUUUACUCCUUUUCUAACCCAAAAAUCGGGUCAUGUAUACGCCUAAUCGGGAUAUCGGGAACAUUGCUUUGUGUUCUGCGCAUGUUCUCUAUUCGAAAGGAAUCUCUUGUCUUUGGCAGGAACUACUUGUAAACAUGACGACACGCAAAACCCCCCACGUUUGGAGUGAGGGGGAAACGAGCUACCUCAUUAGUGUGGUGAAAUUAUGUAUUUUAUUGACGGUAGAAAGUACCGCAGUAGCGAAGUCUAUCAGAAGGUGAGCAAGCCGUUACGCGAAGCAGAGUUUGUACGGGGUCUCUGGGGAUAUAGCAUGGAUGUGGAUGGCACAGCUCCGGCUCCGUUUCCUAUUUCUUCAUGUUCUCGCCUUCCAUUAAUGAAGAAAGUGAGACAGAAUAGUGUCGAGUACUGGUGGUGGGUCAGUAAAGUACUGGUGGUGGGUCAGUACCAGCACCAAAACGCAAGCAAAGGCGUUCAUUAUCCGCCGUGCCGGUGUUGUUGUUUUUGGAAACAGGAAGAAAAAGCGGAAAUGACGCGCAUUGCGUCAUGAUGUUUUCCGUGCUGUUUUUUUUUUUUUCACGUCGCGCAUGUAAACGGGUUAUUCCAAAUAUUUCAGAAACCGGAAUAUUGACCUUAACCCAAAUAUUGACUGCAUGUAAACGUAGUAAAUCAAUAAAUGGAUUCCUCCAAA